CAUGCGCAGUUGCACACUUGGUAUCAGGAACAUGGCAGCGUCCUCAGCGCUGUUGUGGGGAGUACAGCGCAACUGAGCUUCUACAGCAUCACAGUGAGAAAACUGAAACGCAACGGCCGCACUCGGAGGAGGGUGGGGGGCUGAGGGACGGCUACAAGUAACUCCCAUUAGCGAAUUUACAGGUCCUAUGAAAAGAUGAAUGUCCUCAAAGAAAACAAAGACCUGGCCUGUUUUUACACCACCAAACACUCCUGGAGGGGAAAGUACAAGAGAGUCUUCUCAGUGGGGACGCAUGCCAUUACCACUUACAACCCUACCACGCUAGAAGUAACAAAUCAGUGGCCUUAUGGAGACAUCUGUGGCAUUGGUCCGGUAGGAAAAGGUCAGGGAACAGAGUUCAACCUCACAUUCCGCAAAGGCAGCAGCAAGAAGUCAGAAACGCUGAAGUUUUCAACAGAGCACAGGACAGAACUGCUCACAGAGGCACUGAGAUUCAGAACAGAGUUUUCAGAAGGAAAGAUAACGGGCAGGCGCUACAACUGCUACAAGCACCACUGGAGCGACACACGAAAGCCUGUGAAUUUAGAGGUGACCCCAGGUGGCAUUGACCAGAUUGACCCCCACACUAACCGGGUGGUGUGUUCCUACGACUAUCGGAAUGUGGAGGGCUUUGUGGAGGUCUCUGAUUACCAGGGAGGGUUCUGCAUCCUUUAUGGAGGCUUCAGCCGACUGCAUCUGUUUGCCUCGGAGCACCGGGAUGACAUCAUCCGCAGCGCCAUAGAGCAUGCUGGUAACUUCAUCGGCAUCAUGCUGCGAUUGAGGAAGGAAGCUCUGACCUUUGAGGGCUUUGUGAUGGACAGGUUGGGGAAGUACAGCUCAGACGAGAGCAUCACUUCUCUGGCCGAGUUUGUGGUGCAGAAGAUUACGCCUCGACACCCGGAGCCUGUAAAGCGAAUCCUUGCCCUGACAGAAACAUGUUUAGUGGAGAGAGAUCCAGCUUCAUACAACAUAGUGACCCUCAAACCCUUCGGAGAGGUAUUUGCUCUUAUCUGUGAUGUGGACAACCCUCAGGUGUUUACAGUUGAAUUCAUCAGAGGUCAGAUCAGGAAGUACUCCUCCACAGAAAGGGACUCUUUGCUAGCCAGCCUACUUGACGGAGUCCGUGCGUCAGGCAACAGGGACGUAUGCGUCAAGAUGGCCCCCACGCAGCGCGGGCAAAGGUGGGGCCUCCUGAGCAUGCCUGUGGACGAGGAGGUGGAGAGUUUGCAUCUUAAAUUCCUGGCAGCACCACCUAAUGGGAACUUUGCAGAUGCAGUGUUCAGAUUCAAUGCCAACAUAUCCUACAGCGGCGUGCUGCACGCAGUAACCCAGGAUGGUCUUUUUUCUGAAAACAAAGAGAAGCUCAUCAACAAUGCCAUCCUGGCUCUCUUAUCUCAGGAGGCUGAGCUGCCGGCUCUGAACGCUGAGCUGGAGAGCCAUUUCCAGGCCAUUCGACGCUUGGUGGCCUCCAAGGCUGGUUUCCAGGCUUUCACCCAGCUGCCUAAGUCUGGUCAAGGGUCUGGACUCACAGAUGCAACGUUCAGGGAGAAACUGGGAGUAAAGACAGUGAAAGCUUUAAAAAGGAACAACAAUGGUGUGACGCAUGCUGCUAUAGACAUGCUCUGUGCCCUUAUGUGUCCGAUGCAUGAUGAUUAUGACCUGAGGCAGGAGCAGCUGAACAAGGCCUCUCUGCUUUCCUCCAAGAAGUUUCUGGAAAACCUUCUUGAAAAAUUCAUCACGAAUGUGGAUCAUGGCACCGGCGCUUUGGUGAUCAGCUCCUUACUGGACUUCUUAACCUUUGCCCUCUGCGCCCCCUACAGUGAAACUACAGAGGGGCAGCAGUUCGAUAUGCUGCUGGAAAUGGUUGCCUCCAAUGGACGGACCCUGUUCAAACUCUUCCAGCAUCCCUCUAUGGCCAUAGUAAAGGGAGCUGGGCUGGUGAUGAAGGCUAUUAUUGAGGAAGGUGACAAGGAAAUAGCCACCAAGAUGCAGGAGCUGGCUCUGAGUGAAGGGGCUCUUCCGAGACAUCUCCACACAUCGUUGUUCACCAUCAGCGCUGACCAGAGGAUGCUUACCAACAGGCAACUGAGUCGCCACCUGGUGGGACUGUGGACAGCAGAGAAUCCAGUUGCUAUGAACCUCUUAAAGAGGAUAUUGCCAACAGGCCUGCUGGCUUAUCUGGACAGUCCUGACCCUGUCCCAGAGAAAGAUGUGGACAGAAUGCACAUCCGGGACAACAUGAAACUCGUCACGGACCAGCUUAACAGAAACAAGGUUCCUGAGUGGCAGCGGAUAGCAGGCAAAGCAGCCAAAGAAGUGGAGAAGUUUGCCAAGGAGAAGGCUGAUCUUGUUUUGAUGCACUGGAGGGAUAAAAUGGGCAUAGCACAAAAGGAGCAGGACAGAAAUAACCUGAACCCAAACCAAAAACCUGUUAUCCUGAGAAAGAGACGGCAGAGAAUAAAGAUUGAGGCCAACUGGGAGCUUUUCUACUACAGAUUCCAGCUCGACCAUGCACGGUCCAACCUCAUCUGGAACCUCAAAACUAGAGAGGAGCUGCGGGAUGCUCUGGAGGGAGAGAUGCGCGCCUUUAGUGUGGACCGCGAGCUUGGCAGUAUCACCGUCAUCUCCUGGAACCACCAGGAGUUUGAGGUGAAAUACGAGUGCCUUUCAGAUGAGAUCAGGAUCGGGGAUUACUACCUGCGUCUUCUGCUUGAGGAGGAUGAAAAUGAGGAAUCUAGUGCCAUCAAAAGAUCAUACGAGUUCUUCAACGAGCUCUACCAUCGCUUUCUGCUCACACCCAAAGUUACGAUGAAGUGCCUGUGUUUACAGGCACUCGCCAUUGUCUAUGGAAAGUGCUUUGAGGAGAUUGGGCCAUUCACAGACACCAAAUACAUUGUGGGCAUGUUGGACAGAUGCACUGACAGACUGGAAAGAGACAGACUAAUCCUCUUCCUGAACAAACUCAUUUUAAACAAAAAAAAUGUGAAAGAUGUGAUGGAUUCAAAUGGAGUACGCAUCCUGGUGGACCUACUCACUUUAGCCCAUUUGCACACUAGUAGAGCUACUGUGCCCCUGCAGAGCAAUGUGCUGGAGGCAUCCCCUGACAUGAAGCGGGAGAGUGAGAAGGAGUGGUACUUUGGUAAUGCAGACAAGGAAAGAAGGGGACCUUUCGGUUUUGAGGAGAUGCAGGAAUUUUGGAACACGGGCAUCCUGACGGCGAAGACGCGCUGCUGGGCGCAGGGGAUGGAUGGAUGGCGCCCCCUGCAGGCAAUACCUCAGCUCAAAUGGUGUCUCCUGGCAACUGGACAGGCGGUGAUGAACGAGUCAGAUCUGGCUACACUAAUCCUUAACAUGCUCAUCACCAUGUGCUCGUACUACCCCAGCAGGGACCAAGAUAAUUCCAUUAUUCGUCCAUUACCUAAAAUCAAGAGGAUGAUUAGUGACAAUGCCUGUCUCCCACACAUUGUCCAGCUGCUGCUGACGUUUGACCCUAUCCUGGUGGAAAAAGUUGCCAAUGUUCUGUAUCUGGUAAUGCAGGACAACCCCAAUCUGCAGCGCCUCUACUUAACUGGGGUCUUCUUCUUCAUCAUGAUGUACACAGGCUCCAACGUUCUUCCUGUAGCAAGGUUCUUGAAGUACACUCACCUGAAGCAGGCUUUCAAAUCAGAGGAGGCAAAGGGUCAGGACAUAGUACAGCGUAGUGUUCUGGGACCAGUGCUGCCUGAGGCCAUGGUCUGUUACCUGGAGAACUACGAGGCUGAACGCUUCUCAGAGAUAUUCCUAGGUGAAUUUGAUACACCCGAGGCUAUUUGGAGCAGUGAGAUGAGACGAAUGAUGAUUGAGAAAAUAGCAGCUCACGUGGCCGACUUCAGCCCCAGGCUACAGAGCAACACGCGGGCUCUCUACCAGUACUGCCCCAUCCCUGUGAUCAGCUUCCCUCAGCUGGACAAUGAACUCUUCUGCAACAUCUACUACCUCAGACAUCUUUGUGACACCAUCCGCUUCCCCAACUGGCCAAUUCGAGAGGCUGUAAAGCUGCUAAAAGACACUCUUGAAGCCUGGAAGAGAGAAGUAGAAAAGAAACCUCCUUCUAUGUCUGUAGAUGAUGCCUAUGAAGUCCUCAACCUCCCCAAAGGACAGGGACAGCAUGAAGAGGGUAAAAUCAGGAAAGCUUACUUCAGACUGGCACAGAAGUACCAUCCUGACAAGAACCCAGAAGGCAGGGACAUGUUCGAGAAAGUGAACAAAGCAUAUGAGUUCCUCUGCACAAAAUCUGCCAGAAUAGUGGAUGGCCCCGACCCAGAAAACAUCAUCCUCAUCCUCAAAGCUCAGAGUAUCUUGUUCAACAGACACAAACAAGAACUGGAACCCUACAAAUAUGCUGGUUACCCCAUGCUUAUCAAAACAAUCACCAUGGAGACAGAGGAUGCGCAGCUUUUCUCCAAGACCUCUCCCCUCCUCCCGGCUGCAACUGAACUGGCCUUCCACACUGUAAACUGCUCAGCUCUCAACGCGGAGGAGCUGCGCCGUGAGAAUGGCAUUGAGGUGUUAUUGGAGGCUCUCUCUAGAUGUGUUGCUGUAUUAACUGCAUCCAGCAAACCUGAUGACAUGGCUGUACAGGUAUGUGGGCACAUCUGUAGGUGCUAUAGCGUUGCAGCUCAAUUUGAGGAAUGCAGGGAAAAGAUCAUCGAGUUGCCCAAUAUCAUCAGAGAUCUCUGUCAUAUUUUGUACUAUGGAAAGGGUCUCCCAAAAACUGCAGCCGUGGGUGUGCAGUGCGUCAGCUCCUUUGCAGUGGAUUUCUUCCUCCAGACCCAUCUAUACCACGCGGGUGUGCUCUGGCAUCUGCUGGUUAACCUCUUUAACUAUGACUACACGUUGGAGGAGAGUGGUGUGCAGACCAGCCAGGACACAAACCAACAGGAGGUCGCUAACAGCCUAGCCAAGCUCAGCCUGGUAGCUCUUAGUCGCCUGGGGGGCUAUAGUCAAACGCUGAACACCCCGGAUGGUAGCAAUCCUGUUUCAGAGACCAACGGCAUUGAGGGCAUACCUCCAGAGAACCCCACCAUACGAAAGAGCUUAGCCGCCAUGUUGACGCCAUAUAUAUCAAGGAAACUGGGAACAGGAAUCCCUGCUGAGGUCUUGAAGCUGUUGAACAGUAACUCAGAGAACCCAUACCUGAUCUGGAACAAUGGAACCCGAGCUGAGCUGCUGGAGUUCCUGGAGGGUCAGCAAGAAGGAAACAUCAAAAGGGGAGAAAACGAUAAAAGCUUUGGUGCAGAGUUUGUGUUCAGUGAUCACAGCAAAGAGCUGAUUGUUGGGGAAAUUUUUGUCCGAGUUUACAAUGAACAGCCAGUUUUUCCGCUUGAGUACCCCAAAGCAUUUGCAGCCAGCCUCCUGGAUUACGUUGGCUCCCAGGCUCAGUAUCUCCACACUUUACUGGCCAUGAGUCAGAGCAACAAGGUCGAGUCCCAGCAGCACGCUGAGAGGCUUCGCUUCGCUGAGAUGGCUUUAGAGGCACUUCGUAAUGUCAUCAAGAACAACCCUGGCUCUGAGUCAGAGUGCAUCGGCCACUUCAAGUUGCUUUUCUCUCUCCUGCGAGUUCAUGGAGCUGGCAGAGUGCAGCAGCUGGUUUUGGAGGUUGUGAACACUGUGACGUCAAACCAGGAGUGUGUGAGCAACAUUGCAGAGUCUCUAGUGUUAUCAAACCUUCUGUUGCUGCUGCACUCGCUUCCAUCCAGCAGGCAGAUGGUGCUGGAAACCCUGCAUGCACUUACUUCCAACACAAAAAUAAUUAAAGAGGCUAUGGCCAAAGGUGCCCUGAUCUACUUGCUAGACCUCUUCUGUAACUGCACGCACCCACAGGUUCGCACACAGACUGCAGAACUCUUCUCCAAGAUGACCUCAGACAAGUUGGUCGGCCCAAAGGUGCGUCUUACACUAAUGCGUUUCCUCCCGGCGGUGUUUAUGGAUGCGAUGCGAGACAACGCAGAGGCAGCUGUGCACAUAUUCGAGGGAACCCAUGAAAAUCCAGAACUCAUCUGGAAUGACAGCUCAAGGGAGAAGGUGUCAACCACUGUGCGGGAGAUGAUGCUUGAGCACUUUAAGCAGCAGAAGGAUAAUCCUGAUGUAAACUGGAAAUUGCCAGAGUCCUUCACCAUGGCUUAUGGAGCAGGACAGGGUGAAGUUGAAGUGGGUGGCGUCUUCUUGAGGAUCUUUAUUGCCCAGCCAGGCUGGGUGCUACGCAAGCCUCGAGAGUUCCUGGUGGCUCUUCUGGAGACCCUGACUGAACUGUUGGAAAAGAACAACCCCAAUGGGGAAGCACUGGAAACCGUUACCACAGCAGCCGUGUGUCUAUUCAGCACACAAAGUCAACUGGCUGAUCAGGUCCCCCCUCUGGGUCACCUACCUCGCAUACUGGCAGCACUCAACCACAAAAAUAACGCUGUACCUAAGAGUUCCAUCCGCCUCAUCCACGUGCUAUCGGACAAUGAGCUAUGUGUACGCUCCAUGUCAGCUCUGGAGAUUAUCGGCCCCCUAAUGACUGGAAUGAAAGUCCGUGCAGACAUGGCUGGAUUGGCUUGUGAAGCUCUCAACCGCAUGUUCCAGAAGGAGCAGACAGAACUGGUUGCCCAGGCUCUAAGGGUGGAGCUGGUUCCAUACCUCCUAAAGCUUCUGGAAGGAAUCGGCCUAGAGACUUUAGAAAACCCUUCAGCUACCAAGGCCCAGAUUGUGAAGGCCCUUAAGUCCAUGACUCGUAGUCUACAGUAUGGAGAACAGGUGAAUGAGAUUCUUGCAAGGUCUUCAGUAUGGAGUGCGUUCAAAGACCAGAAACAUGAUCUUUUCAUCUCCGAGUCUCAGACCGCAGGCUACUUGACAGGGGUAUCCACUCCUUCCCUCAUGGCUGCCAGCAGCCCACUGCGAGGUGGGCUCUAGUCUCCUGGCCUGGGCCCUCAGAGCCCUCCUCUAUCUUGCUCUGAUGCAGGUCCAGGAGUGGCUGGGUACCUCACAGCAGGAACUGGCACCACGGUAAUGCCAAACGUCCCACCACCUGUGGACAAUGACAUUGGAGACCAAGGCUGAUGGACACACACACAGUCAGGCACCCAGACUGCAGCUUCACAGUCGCCACUCAGAGAGGGACUGUUCCUUCUCCCGGGAGGGAAUGAAGAGAGAGAAAAAGAUGGAGGAGAGCGAGCCAUUAUUAACUGUCACCAAAAUCUGCAACACCUCCUCCAGUGUCACUACUCUGCCCUUACAAAUGGCACUCAUGGCUUCAUAAACACCUUGAAAUUGUUUUAACGGGUGACCACAUUUGUUUUGUUUCUGUUCUUUUGUUUCUUUCAAUGACACACAGAAGUUUACUUUUUGUAUGAAUAUAUUUUUUACUCUAGAUUUUUUUUCCCAUGAGGAAAACAUUGGAAGACUGAAUCUUGCUAUAAAUAUGUUGUCUCUUCUCCAUUAUCGUAUCACUUUGUCAAAUCCUGAUUGGCUGUAUUAACCUCAAAAUGCUGUGGAAGAGUGGGCACUGAACCUCCACUGUGACAAAUUGUUGCAAACGAUCUACAGACCUACAUGAAUAUGGCAUUUACAAUUCUGCAUUAUGAAGUAUUAAGUGAAAAAGAACAAAAGGAAGUCAAAAGUCUGUUGUGUAUGAUUUCUCUUACCUGAAAAUUCCCAAGAAUACUAAAAACUGAUGUUGACCUGCAGAUGGGGUUAGAUCUUUUCAAAUUUCCAGCCUCUUAUUCCUUUGAUCUUAUUUCAUUCAUCAUAGUGCUCUUUUUGAUGGCUACUCUUUCUGCCUCACAUUUUUUAAAAAUUCUCCUUCUCCCCAAAAAGCACUAUAACAAUAUAUAUGAAUAAUGACCACGGGAAAUGAGCUUGUGCUGAGACUUGAUGAAUGAUGUUGACUCUGAUUAUGAAUCUAUGUGAAAGACUAGUGCAAUUUGUGAAAUGUUCAAUGUAAUAUGAAGUAUAUAAACUUUCUAUAUUGAAUGUACAUUAAAAAAAUAAAUCGGUCACACUUGUACAUAAAAUUUUAAGAAUUAAAGGGAACCCACAGUGUU